AAAUAUCGUUGUCGGCACAUUUGUCAUAUCGGCAAAAAUUGAGGAUGUUCGUGCUUACGUUACUGCUUGCAGCGAUUGCCUGUGUUGCUUCUGAACAAGCUGAGACCCGAUUUCUCAGCAAACCACUGGGAUCCUCCAGGAUUAUCAACGGGGUUGAAGCUGACCCGUACGAAUUUCCUCAUCAGGCGACGCUUCUCAAUGGUGGAUAUCACACAUGCGGUGCUUCUAUAAUUGCUCAAGACUUCGCACUCACUGCGGCCCAUUGCGUGGAUGGACAGACUGCAACAAACCUGGCAAUAGUAAUUGACCUGCAUGAUUUCAACAAUCAUGGAAACAACUACACCUGGUUUAACAUAGACGAAAUUAUCAUGCACGAAAGCUACGGCCAAGGCCCUGGAGCAUUUCCAAAUGAUGUUGCUCUGCUAAGACUGAGACAAAACGGAGUCGACAUUACAAAGAACAUUAUCACCAUAGCUAAAGGAACAGAAGACUAUGCCGGUCAGAUCUGUACCAUCAGCGGCUGGGGAGUCAAAGUUGACGGAUCCGGUGCUUCAAAACUGAAGAAAGCCGAUGUUACAGUGUUGACGAAGACGCAAUGCGUGGGCUACUGGGGAUCCCAAAACAUUCUUGAUCAACAUAUCUGUGUCAAAGGUUAUGACACAACAGAAGGAAGUGGAUCAUGUAAUGGCGACAGCGGUGGUCCUCUUGUCUGUGGAACAGAACUGGUUGGUGUGACAUCAUGGGGAUUUUCUGGGUGUCACGUAGACGGCACAGUCACACAUCCCAGUGUGUAUGCUCGUGUCACAUCCUUCUAUGACUGGAUCAACAACAACUGCGGAAAUUGCAAUGUCUAAACAGUUGACUGAAUUCAAUAAACGCAAACUGUAAAUCAUA